CCUCCCCUUCAGUCUUACACAGGUGUACUGGCUCCUCCCCUUCAGUCAUGCACAGGUGUACUGGCUCCUCCCCUUCAGUCAUGCACAGGUGUACUGGCUCCUCCCCUUCAGUCUUACACAGGUGUACUGGCUCCUCCCAUUCAGUCUUACACAGGUGUACUGGCUCCUCCCCUUCAGUCUUACACAGGUGUACUGGCUCCUCCCCUUCAGUCUUGCACAGGUGUACAGGCUCCUCCCCUUCAGUCUUGCACAGGUGUUCCGGCUCCUCCCCUCCAGUCUUGCACAGGUGUACCGGCUCCUCCCCUUCAGUCUUGCACAGGUGAAUCGGCUCCUCCCCUUCAGUCUUGCACAGGUGAAUCGGCUCCUCCCCUUCAGUCUUGCACAGGUGUACCGGCUCCUCCCCUUCAGUCUUGCACAGGUGUACCGGCUCCUCCCCUUCAGUCUUGCAGACCAGCAUCACCUUGCUCUUUCC